GACUCGGUCAGUCUCAGUGCGCUCUCACCAUUGCUACACUCUGUCCAUUUCUCUCUCUCUCUCUCUCUCUCUCUCUCUCUCUGUUUCUCCCCUUUUCCUUGUUCUCCCCCUUUUACUCUUUCGGCAGCCUCCUUACUUUUGUCAUUUCUGUCUCCGCUUUCUCUCUUUGUCUUUGUCUUUCUCUCUAAGAGCCCACACGUCAUCGCACAACCUGAGGUACCUGUGCAUGUUGGAGUGUGCUGGGUCGAGCAAGAGGUGUUAUUUUUGCUGGGGAGGGAACAGGGAGGGAGGGUGACUGCUCCUAGGAAGGUGCACACCUGAAACAACCUUUUUGCGAGUGUGAUGGGGAGACUUUGGGACUGACUCUUUCUUCCGGCACUUUUCCUUGUUUCCCACACCUGGAAUGCUUAACCUGGACUGAUGGAUGUUUCCGAACUGUGUAUCCCAGACCCUCUCUGCUAUCAUAACCAGUUGCUGACCAGAAUGCCCUCAGAGGACCGCCACCUGUCCUCCAGCUGUGGCUCCUACAUCAAAACCGAACCGUCCAGUCCCUCCUCCUCUCUCGUCGACACCGUCAGCCACCACAGCCCCAGCGGCAACUCCGACGCCAGCGGCGGCUACAUCAACGGCCCCAACGGACGCUCGCACGCCCUCGACUCGCCGCCCAUGUUCAACCCGGGAAUGCUGGGAGGGGGCGGAGCCUGCCUCAGGCGCUACGACGAGUGCUCGGGCGGCGUCGCCGACGACUCGCCCAUCAAGUGCGAGUACAUGCUCAACGCCAUCCCCAAGAGGCUUUGUCUCGUAUGCGGUGACAUCGCCUCAGGGUACCACUACGGGGUGGCUUCCUGCGAGGCCUGCAAAGCGUUUUUCAAGAGGACGAUACAAGGAAAUAUCGAGUACAGCUGUCCGGCCACCAACGAGUGUGAGAUCACCAAGAGGAGACGCAAGUCGUGCCAGGCCUGUCGCUUCAUGAAGUGCCUCAAAGUGGGCAUGCUGAAAGAGGGUGUGCGUCUGGACCGGGUAAGGGGGGGGCGUCAGAAGUACAAGAGGAGAUUGGAUGCAGAGAAUGGAGGUUAUCUCGGACUCACAGUCCCCCCUCCAGCCAAGAAGCCACUAACAAAGAUUGUGUCCCACCUCUUGGUGGUGGAGCCAGAGAAGAUAUAUGCCAUGCCAGACCCCACUGUGCCUGACGGUGACAUCAAGGCCUUGACCACUCUUUGUGACCUGGCUGACCGCGAACUGGUGGUCAUAAUAGGCUGGGCCAAACAUAUCCCAGGCUUCUCCACGCUUUCACUGGGAGACCAGAUGAGUCUACUCCAGAGCGCCUGGAUGGAGAUCCUGGUGCUGAGCAUCGUGUUCCGCUCGCUGCCCUACGAGGACGAGCUGGUGUACGCGGAGGACUACGUGGUGGACGAGGAGCAUGCGCGCCUCACCGCCCUGCUGGACCUGCACGUGGCCAUCCUGCCGCUGGUGCGCCGCUACAAGAAGCUCCGCGUGGAGAAGGAGGAGUUCGUCACCCUCAAGGCCAUCGCCCUCGCCAACUCGGACUCCAUGCAUAUAGAGGAUGUGGAGGCCGUUCAGAGGCUCCAGGACUCUCUCCAUGAGGCCCUGCAGGACCUGGAGGGUUCCCAACAUGCAGAGGACCCACGACGGGCCGGAAAGCUGCUCAUGACCCUGCCCCUGCUCCGGCAAACCGCCGCCAAAGCUGUGCAGCACUUCUACAGCAUCAAGGUGCAGGGAAAAGUGCCUAUGCACAAACUCUUCUUGGAAAUGCUCGAGGCCAAGGCUUGAUGCUCGGACAUGUAUCUGACGGACAGCCGCGUCGUCCAAUGAGUGAAGAGACAGCCCCCAUGAAGACGUGAGAGCAAUAGCAUGAAGUUGUUUUUGUCGAGGCAAAAGUGAAGAGAUUACCAGAAAAGAAAAUUAAACAGAAAAUUCAAACCGAUUUUAAGGGUGAACAUAUAUAUAAAUAAAUAUCGCUCGGAUUGAUAUAGGACAUCAACAUGUAUAUAAAGAUGCUGUGUACAGAAAUUGGCACUCUGGGUCUUGUCAUAGGCUAUAGAGACCCUUUACUCUAUAUCACCCGAAGCUUCUGUGACUUUUUCUUUUCUUCUUGAAACUGAAGUGUGAAUACUCGUUCUGAUAAACUGUAUGGCUAUAUGGCCAGUCAUGUGUUUUUUUUCUUUAUUAUCUUACUUUCUAAUCGCAGUUGUGAUGCAUUAGAGGCACCCUCUGGUAUUAUAUAUAAACUGUAUAUGUGUACUGUAUUGUGUCAAAUUGCACUGUAUGGGUGUGGGAAUGAUUUGGUAGACAUAUUCUUAUAUUUGUCGUCAACAUCAAACACCGAGUCAUCUGUAAUAGGGAUGUUAUAUUCUGAACACAAACACAUUUACCUCCUUGUAGCUUCAUUAACUCAACAGUUUUAAGUCAAGCCUGGUGCUUCAUGGUGGUACACAAGUGUAGAGAAUUGAACAAAGACUUUGCACUGAGCAUCUGGUUUCUGGUUAACAUUGUGGCAAUAAUGGGUACAGUAUAGAACUGUAGUGUGUUUUAUCUAGUUGUGUCUUUUACUGCUUGUAGAGACUAACACCUAAGCUCUGUGUGUGUGUGUGUGUGUGUGUGUGUGUGUGUGUGUGUGUGUGUGUGUGUGUGUGUGUGUGUGUGUGUGUUUGUGUGUGUGCAGGGGGUCGUUUGUGUGCGUGUGUGUGUACGGGGGUGUUUUUUGUGCAUGUGUGUGUGUGUGUAUGUGUAUGUGUGUGUGUUUGCUUGUGUGUGCAUGCGUGCGUGCAUGUGUACAUCUCUGUGAACACUGAAAUUUUCAACACUGACUGUGGUGCAAAGAAUAACUUAAUAAACUGCAUAAUCUAUUCCUUAUUUUAAAGUACAGAUGUAGAAGAUUUCGGCACAUUUCUGAGAAUAUACAGUAUGUCUCUAGAAUACUAAAGAUGGACUAAAAAUAUAUAUUCAAAAAAUAUUCAAAGAUGCAGUCAAAAUACCGUGGUAAUAAUUAUUCCCAUAUUUACCCAAAAAGGUGUAUAUUUAAAUGGUGUAAUCCUAAAUUAGUAAAGGUAUGCAGAACAUAGUGUCAUUCAAACAAGACUCGAUAACGUAACAUUAAUGUAACGCAACACACAUUUGACCAAAAUGCCCAGAUAUAAGUAAAUAAUGCAGAUGUAACUUUUUUGAUAUUUUAGAACACUGCAUACAUAGACACAUUCAAUGUUCAGGAAUAUUACAAUUAAAAUUACCAAAUAGCCUAAGAUGGUGCAUAACCUCAAUACACUUUUUUCCACCAAUAAUUUUUUCUGUAAUUUUAUAUGUGAUAUGUAGCAUUACAAAAUUAUUCAAAACUUUGACUUAUAUCAAAAAGUAAUGGGUGGAUAGUACAAAGUUUGGUAAUGUUAGUUUACAUGAAUAUCCUAUAUAUUUCUGUAACUACACAGUAAUGUGUUUGUAUCUACACAGAAAUACUAGUAAAACAUAUUGUAAAACCCAAAGAUGUUCACCCUGUUGUCGUGUGAAAUGACCUUUGUUCAUUGUCUUUAAAAUUCUUAGAUAAAGACAGUUCAAUAAAUUUACUUACCUGAAAAGAAAAACAUGAGGAUGCAGAGCUAAUUUGCGAACACCAUAUAAAAUCAAUAACUCUGAAGCUCAAAUGUGCCAUUUUGUUUUUACCAUUGUACAACCAAAGGAGAUUGUAGGUAAGCUAAUAUAAGGGCUGGCAGCUAAGCUACCCUAAACCAAAGCAUAUACCUCAACUCAGAGACUACUCUCUGGAGUAGACCAAAACCACCACUGACUUGCAGUAAUGUAAUGCGUAGCUAAUUAAAGCUCAAUACAAUAGAGACUUACAUUCCCAAGAUGCACUCCAGCUUCCCUCCUUGAAGGUGCAAUGAUCAAAUUCAUCUUUGCAUAGACUAAAAUAUUGGCUCUCCUCUACACCGAACCGCAACUUGGCCUACGAUUGUAAUUACAACUCCCAUUCAGUGUUUUACAGCAUGUUGUUAGUGAUGAACCCUUCCACAGUAUUAUGAUAGCAGCCACAUUGUGCCACUUGUUCAUGUUUAUUCAUAGUUGGGAGGAUUUGUCAGUUAUUUUCUGCUUUCACAGAUUAUUAUCAUAAUCACACGAUAUCUGUCGGUAAUAUUUUUUUUCCAAUCAGCAUUAGGGUUUAUUGGAUGCCCACAUCUAAUCAGUAGUAUCGUUGUCUAUCCAGUCCCAAAAAAGGACAUCAAUGAUUUGCCAUGAAUCCUGCUUUCGGAUCACUUCCCAAACCCUAAUAACUUACAAUUAAUGAAAGAAUUCAAUAGAAUGUGUUCAACGCGCAUGCUUAGCUUGUGUCCUUCUGGCUCCAAAAAGUCCAAUGUGCUUGAUAGACUGAGGUCUGUACUGUUUGAAAUGACAGCCACAAAAAAGGAUUUUCCUCUCUCCAAUGUGCUGUGAGUUUUAGCACUAUUCCCACCUCUUCUUACUACGAAGGGCAAUUCAAGAUAAUUAUUGACCCCUUGUUCAAACUAACGUAGAAAAAUAAAAGAGAAAAUGCUUAAUUUAUUUUAAGAGGCUAAAGUGGUAUAUAUCCAAUUAAUUCUAAUUGUCUUGUAAGAUCAAAUUCUCAACAGAAAUGGAGCAAUUAAAUUUCUGCAUUGGCUCCACCUUGGGGACAGCAGUCAGUUAAGUUGAUUUUGGCACAAAGAGUUUAGCUAAACUGCUAAUACAAUUUCAUGGGUGUCUGUAACAGUUUUUGAACAAAGUGAUCACUGGGCUAUGCAAGGCAAAUAUGGCCGAUUGUCUGUUUGACAAAUAAUUGGUAGCACUUUCUUUACAGUGUUGUUUUAUGAAGCAUCAGUAAAUGUCAGUUCAAAUACAUCAUCAUUUCACUGUAUGUUUUGCUAUGUACUAGAGUUCCAUUGCAUUGCUGUUACUAUAUUUAGAACUGUAAGAGAGUUUGGUUUGGCCCAUGUUUUGCCCUUUGAUGUGAUUCUUCAUUCUGUAUUCUACAACCUGAAAGAAGUUAAGAAUGGCAGUAUUUGCAGGGCCCUGUGAGCACUGAUUAUGCUAAAUGUAUGUUACUAACACCUUAUUACUUUAUGAAAAACUGUACGAUAAUUACACAAAAGAGCAAGAACAAGAGUCAAUAUUUAUUUAAUUUUGUGUAAGAGAUUCUCAUUAUGUGUUUUGAAGACACAUCUCUGAGUCUCAGAAUGAUGGAACGACAUCCUGCUCGAGCCUAGAACUUGGCUGAAACAGAACACAUAGUGUGCGUUUGUGCGUCUAUACCUCAAUUCAGAUUUUGAAAUUACUCGUGGGUGUGGAAGCGGGCUGUGGGGUUCCCCAGAGAGUUGGUGGCACAGAAAUGAAGUGACAUCACUGACUGCGUAUUAAAAAAAUGUAGAUGAACUGCAAUUGGGGGAACACAUUCCUCCGGAGAAAGCUGCUUAUUCGCUGUUCCAUUUGUGGAGUAUCUUAUCUCCAUGCACACUGAGAUGACGAGAUUUACAUAAAACAUGGACAAACCACCUAGGCCAUUGUGGUCCGCAGUGUAUAAGAAACAGUGAAGGUAUACGCACCAUAGACAUUUGAUUACUCUAGAGGUUUGGUCCCCUUAAAAGAAAUAUGCUAGCAGUUAUGAUGUAUGAAUCAAGUUAGAAGGAAAAAGGUUUGGUCAAUUUUAAUUAUCCUACCUGUGAAGACAAUGUAGCACAACUAUAAACAAACUGUAGACUACAUUCAUCUAAUGUUUCAUAUGUUGGCAUGAAAAGCUAGAACCAACAGUACCCUAUGUGGUUGGCACACAUAUUGGAAAGUAUUCUAGGGCAUUUCAUGUGUUGAGUUAUGUUGUGUUCAUGCAUAUGGUAUUCAUGUGUAAAUACAUGCUGUUUGGAGUGAGUCAGUUGUCCCAAUGCACUAAAUGUACAGUGACAAUAA